AUGCCGCGACCAUUGACGUUAGAUGAGAUUGUCGAGGAGUUGGAGACAGGGGAGGACUCAGGCGAUAUUAUUUUAUUUCCUCCUGAUGACGGUGCAGUGACGGAAGAAGAGAGUGGAGAUGAAAACGAAGCUAACAUUAUUCAUCUUCCGAGUCGCAUGCUUCGAUCUCAAAUAGAAAUACAAGAAAGACGUUCCACCUCUAAUGAAAACCGUGACUUGGCAGACGAAGAAGAAGAAAUCGGCGUAACUUCGGUGCAGAAGAAAAAAAAGAAAAAAGACAAUACUAUAAAAAAAUGGUACAAUACUGUCUGCAAUAAUUUUACUUCUUGUGGUAAGGGAGACUGCGAUGAAGAAGUUUUUUCUGCAUCGCGGCAGGAAAUGUCUGUUGUCCAAUGUUUCGAAUUACUCUAUACAGAAGAUAUAGUAAAUUUCAUAAGAGAUAUGAGCAAUUUAUAUGCUUUGCAAAGAAAUCACACUCUAAAUGUUACUAGUGAUGAAAUUAGAGUGUACAUUGCAGUAUUGCUAAUUACAGGUUAUUUGACGCCGAAAUAUAUGAGAAUGUUUUGGGAAGUAAAAAAUGACACGCACAAUGAUCUCAUAUCAUCUAGCAUUAGGCGUAAUAGAUUUUUCGAAAUUCAGCAAUAUCUCCAUCUUUCUGACAGUACAUCUUUGCCACCCAAUGAUAAAUUUGCUAAAGUUCGAGAAUAUUUUAUAAAGCUGAAUAUAAAUUUCUGUUCAAAUUUCAAAAAAGCUGGUUCUUCACACAUUUCUAUAGACGAAACUAUAGUACCAUACUUCGGACGGCACGGUACUAAACAACAUAUCCACGGAAAACCAAUAAGGUUUGGGUACAAACUCUGGUCAGCAGCUACACGCCAUGGAUAUUUAGUCAAUUGUGAGCUUUACCAGGGCGCAUCUGGUCCUGGACUCAAAAUGCAGUCCGAGUUAGGCCUAGGAGCUGCUGUUAUUAUAGAGCUUCAUUCAAGAUUGCCUCAAGAGUUAGGGCCAUACAAUUUAUAUUUUGAUAAUUUUUUCACCGGUUUACCUUUGCUGAAAUACUUGCGAGAGCAGAAUGUUGGAGGUACAGGUACUGUUCGGGAAAAUCGUCUUGAGAAUUGCAAUUUGCCUAACUCAAAAGACAUGAAAAAAGAGCCAAGAGGCAAGCUAUGUCAUAAAGCUUCUAAGGAGAUUAUCACAGCUAAGUGGCAUGACAAUAGUAUCGUCACUAUUGCAUCUAACUGCCAUGCGUUGAAUCCAAUAACAAAAGUGGAUCGAAUUGGAUUCGUAGACAAAAAACGGGCAAAAAUUCAAGUAGAUUGCCCCGCCGUUAUCAAAAUGUACAAUAAGUACAUGGGCGGCGUAGAUCGUUUUGACGAAAACGUUGACUCCAUGAGGGUAGGUCUUCGCGGCAAAAAGUGGUGGUACCCUCUAUUUGCUUUUGGCUUAGAUGCAGCUUGCCAAAAUGCAUGGCUAAUAAAAAGGCAGUCUGAAAACAACUGGACCUACUGCGAUUUCCGGCGAAAUGUUGCCAUGAUCUACCUGCAAAAAUAUGGCAAACCAUUGACACGCAAAUCAGAUUGUGGUUUACCUCUGCAGAUAAGAGUGCCUGCCGAGGUGAGGAGUUCAGGAAGUGCUGACGAUCACUCGCAAAUGGACUGCUCUCAGCGAAGAUGUGGAUAUUGUCACCAACGCACAAGAAAAAUGUGUGGAAAAUGCAAUGUUGGUUUGCAUCUAAAGUGCUGGUACAAAUUUCAUAAUAAAUAA